AUGGAUUACACCACACUUCUCAUUCUAUUUUCCUUUGUAUGGUCAUGCGUUAAAGUGCUCACUAUUGGCUUCACCAAUGGGAAAUCCGGUGUGGCCAGGCUUCCGCCAGGUCCCCGUCUUUUCCCGAUCAUCGAAAACCUCCUCAAACUGGGUGAAAAACCCCAUCAAUCACUUACAAUUCUCUCCAAAACUUAUGGUCCUCUAAUGUUUCUCAAGCUAGGAAGCACCACCACCAUAGUCGUUUCCUCAUCAGAAGCAGCCCAGGAAGUGCUAAACAAAAAUGACCAAGCCUUUUCCAGCAGGACAGUCCUCAAUGCCAUCCAAGCUGUCGACCAUCACCGUUUUUCAGUAGUAUUUUUACCAGCAUCGGCUCAUUGGCGCAACCUUAGGAAGAUUUGCAGCAUGCAGAUGUUUUCCUCGCAUCGUGUCGACGCCGGCCAAGUCAUGCAGCAAAACAUUGUGCAACAGCUACUAGGCCAUGCUCAGGAAAGUUGCAGCAGUGGUCGGGCAGUCGAUAUUGGGAGAGCAACCUUUACAACCACCCUUAAUUUGUUAUCAAACACUAUUUUCUCUGUUAAUUUGGCUCACUAUAACUCCAAUUUCUCACAAGAGUUCAAGGAUCUUAUAUGGAGUAUAAUGGAAGAAGCCGGAAAGCCUAACCUUGCGGACUUCUUUCCGGUCCUUAGAUUGGUUGAUCCACAAGGAAUACUGAAAAGGAUGACUGUUUGUUUUAAUAAACUUGUCGAGGUUUUUGAUGGUUUCAUCGAACAAAGGUUGUCAUUAAAAGCUUUUUCGGCAAACAACGAUGUACUAGAUGGCCUUCUCAAUCUUGACAAACAACAUGACCAUGAGUUGAGCAGCAACGAUGUUAGACAUUUGCUUGUGGUAAGUAUCAUAUCUUAA